CGCGUACUCGCAACAACGCGAAACAGUGCCGUACCGCCUUAUCCGCCCGUAACAUGCAGCCCGUUGUCGCGUUGCCGUUGGCCGUGGCCGCGGCGCUCUGGUGGUGUUCCGCGGCCACCGUGUCCGCGUGGAACAUCACGAGGCUGUACGGCACGUCCGUCCCGGCUCGGCUGACCGACGUGGCCGUGUGGCGGAACCGGGCGUACGCGUGCUGGCCACGGGCGGACGCCGCGCAACCGGUGACGCUGUUGGAACUGCCGUGGCCCGAGACCAAGGAACGCCCGUGGGCGCCGGCGCGCUGGACUCCGCGCAGAUCGUUUCACGCCGACCAACAAAAAAUCGGCGACUGUCGGUUCGUCCAAUCGGCUGUCGCUGUGGACCUUGACAAGAUCAGAGGACACCUGUACGUGCUGGACGGCGGAUACGGCAACAACAGCUGUCAACCGAAAAUUGUCGUCUUCGACCUGAAGAUCAAAAAAUUCAUACGGUGGACGGAACUGAACGGGUUAAACGGUUCGGGGCUGACCGCUCUGGUGGUGGACGCUAGACCUUUCAACGGCAGGACACGAGUGUACAUCGGUGACGCGAACGGCCGCGGACACCUGACCGUAUUCGACCCGAACAGGAGCAUUUGGUACCGGGUGGCGUUGUUGCAACACGCCGUCACUACCGCAGCCGAAGACGCCGCCGAUGGCCGGUCGGACGACGACGUGGACGUACCCGCGGAACACGUGGCCGUGUCCAAGUUCAGAUCGUGCGUAUUCUUGACUUCGGCGCGGUCGCACAGUUUUUACUCUGCUUCGUUCAACGAUCUGCGGAAUCUGACCUCUUAUUAUCACGGAUACAACGCAAAGAACGGCGACACGCUUCCGAUCGGAUUGCAAGUGUGCCGCGAGGACGACAAGGUCGGCAACUCGAGCGGCCUGUACGCGGACAUCCAGGGCGGGCUGAACUACGUGUACACCAGAGAUUUCGUGGCGCUCAGGUUUGUUCCGGGUGCGGGCGUCGGCGUCGAGGAGCAUACCGUGGUUCUGCAAUCGCACGAAUCGUUGCCGGCGGUCACCAAGAUUUUCACGGACAACUUGAACUACCUGCAAGUCUGGGCGCUGAACGCCGUUCCCAACGCAGAAAACCGUCACACGGUCAAAAUCAACACGUUACAUAAACAAUCGGUAACUGCUCGUGCUUGAAUAUGUACUUCAACGCGUGUUCGACGGGAGUUCACAACCAUUGGUCUCCAGUUUCAAGUCUACAUUACGUGUGGUGAAAAAAUAUUGUACGGAUAAAUAUUAAAAAUAUAAAAAUAACAUUUUAUUUUUUCAACCAAAUUAGGUGUAUGAAAACCGUUUGUUUAUAUAUUGUUAAGAAAAUGUCGAACCGAUGUUUAGAAGUGAAAACAUGUUCUCGUGAAAGGUUCAAAACUGCCUUUAAACGUAAUUUCAGACUUUAAACACCUAUUACGUGAAUUGUUCACAGUAAUAUUUAAAAGGGAAGCCCCGAAAAAUUUUUCAAUACGUAGUGAAACUUCGAUGUAUCGAAGUCGCAAGAGACUAAAAAAAAAAAAAAAAAAUUAAACAUAUCGAAACUUCGAGUUACCGAGGGAAUUCAAAACAUGAAUAAAAUUUGAAAUAAAAAUGUUGAAUUAUUGGGAAAAACGUGUAUUUAUAAUAUGAAAUGUGUUUAUAUAUUGUAUACAUAUUAUGAAUAUUCAUCAUUUAUUCGUAUUUAGUCAUCGUAUUCAAAGUUUAUGAAUAUAAGCCCGUGUAACUUUAUCGCCGUUAUUGGUCACUAGCUAAACUAUAAUAAAAUAUCAACGUUAUUACAAGCUCUAUCACCUAUUUUGUAUUUUGUAGUCUGGGAAUUUUAUACGAGUCAUAUAUUCGAGUUAGUGAAUCAUAAUAGUCGGAUUAUGACUUCGACUUAUGGAAAAAUUUGAAAUAUGGAAAUUCGAUUUUCGAUUUCGAUUAAUACGUAAAGCCAAUACUGAAUGAUCGGGACCAAAAAAAAAAAAAAAAUUGGUACACAAAAACUUCGAGAUACCGGAGUUCGGGGUUUCACUGUAUUAUUGUGCAAAAAAGUUAAAUAAAUUUUAAAAAGUAAAAAAAAAAAUAACUUUUACGCGCAUCAUUAUAUGAGCUUUCUAUUGUGAAUAACUCUUAAAGCCUACGAUGUUCUUUCGAAAUUGUUCUUCUCUGGAAUAUACAAAAUAGGAGUUUCAAUUCAAAAAUUAUUUUAAAAGGUAAUGUUUUACUUUUUGCCAGACCAUGUUUUGCUGUAAUAUUUUAUUCAUUGUACACGUGACUCGUUCACAUUAAACGCGCAUAGUACGUAUAAAUGUUUUUAUAGCAAUAAGCAUUUCUGGUCUAAUUGAAAAUAUAGCAGCUUAUAUGCAUUUUA